AGUGGUUUGGACUUCAAAGUAUAGCUUGUUGUUUUUUUUGUUUUUUUUUUUUAAUCUCCCUUUUUUCCCCUUUUUCCGAGCACUUUAUAUUUAUAAAUUAGAGAAGCAACCGCCCCUUUUGGCUUUUACGAGGAACGCCUCCAAGAACUUGGCUCUGUAUUUCUUCUCGCUUUUCCUUGUAAAACAAAACAAAGCAUUCGGGGAAGGCUAAACAGUCGGAAAAGGAUACAUCAGGAUCCAAGAUUGAGAAAAAAGAGGCACCCUCUUUCAAUUUCAUACUCCAAUAUAAUCCCCCACCCCCACCCCCACCCUUUUUUCCUCUGAUACUUCACCAUCUCCAUUUUCCUUUUUGUCUACUUCUGCCCCCUCAUAAUUGCGCUCAAUCAACCAUGAGAACAGAUAUGAGAAAAAACUCCAAGUCUUCGUGGCCUAAAGUAAUCGCUCGAAAAUGGCUGAAUAUACCGAGUGGAGCUGAGGAGUUUCAGUCCGAUUACGCCGUAAACGGCGAAACUGGUGGCAGAAGAAAGAGUUGCUGCGACCAGGAUUAUCACUCGAUCGUACCGGAAAAUUUCUCAGAAGGCUGGCUGACGGAAACUGCCGGAGGGAUUAAACCGUCGAAAAGUAUGCCGGAGCCACCACCUGUCACCGAUUCACUCAACCCCAGGAUGUUCGUAGGGACAUGGAAUGUAGGAGGAAAGUCGCCCCACGAGGGUUUGAACAUAAGAGAUUGGUUAAGCUCGCCUGCCCCUGCUGAUAUUUACGUUCUUGGGUUCCAGGAAAUUGUUCCUCUAAAUGCUGGCAAUGUGCUUGGAGCUGAGGACAACGGACCAGCUGCCAAAUGGCUUUCCCUUAUUCGUGAAGCUUUGAAUUCCGACCAAAGUGACAAAGAACUUGCUCGAUGUUAUAGCGGUGCCACUGAAGAAAGCAGUCCGUCCUCACUGCAGCUUGAGCAGCAAGCAAGCCUGAAGCCUAGGACCAGCUUUACUGAUUUACUCUCAAUGGAAGAUGAACUUGGCGAAGAGGAUUUCGAAAGAUUGCUAAACUUAAAUACAAAUUCGAGCGAGGAAGGCUCUCCUAGUCCCACCUACAUGUCCGGCAGUCCAGCCCGGCAACGCUUCUGCUUAGCUGCUAGCAAGCAAAUGGUUGGGCUUUUCUUGUGUGUGUGGGUUCGAACCGAUCUUUACAAGCAUAUUAGCAAUCUGAAAGUCUCAUGUGUUGGCUGUGGUAUCAUGGGGUAUCUUGGAAACAAGGGUUCAGUAUCCAUUAGCAUGACAUUGCACCAAAAAACGUUCUGCUUUGUUUGUACGCACUUGACGUCCGGGGAGAAAGAAGGGGAUGAGAUCCGAAGAAAUUCCGAUGUAGCAGAAAUAUUAAAGAGGACAAAGUUUUCUCGUUCAUUUAGAGAUCUCAGGCAGCCAUUUCAUCCAGAGAACAUUUUAGACCAUGAUAAGGUUAUUUGGUUAGGGGAUUUGAACUACCGGCUUGCUCCGGGUUGUGUCGAUACGCAUGAAUUACUGAAGAAGAACAACUGGCAGGUGCUUCUAGAGAAGGAUCAGCUAAGGAUCGAACAAAGGGCGGGGCGGGUGUUUUCUGGAUGGGAAGAAGGCAGGAUAUACUUUGCUCCAACUUACAAAUAUCUCGCCGACUCAGAUGAUUAUGUUGUCCAAACAUCUAACUCGAAAGAAAAACGACGAAUCCCCGCCUGGUGCGAUAGGAUCCUAUGGAAAGGUGAAGGACUUAAGCAAGUAUGGUACUCAAGGGGAGAGUGUAGAUUCUCGGAUCAUAGACCAGUUUAUUCCCUCUUUUCAGUCCAUAUCAAUUUAGCCAACAAGUUAAUACCCACUGCUAUAUCAUGCCCGCCAAGGUUUUCAUCCAAAUCUGCCUUGUCCUCAGCUUGUGGGGCAAAGGUCCAAGCUGAGGAACUGUUGGUAAUUCCUGGCCACAAAGCUACAUAAUUUGACACCCAGUCCAAAAUAUUACCUUCCAAUAGUGAAGUUAAGGAUGUAAUUGUGAAACAAACCCUAAACCUUAAAUCUUAAUCCUUUGACCCCGACAAUUUUAAAGGGUUGAGAGUGAUGAUUUUUAGGAUGGAUAGCAUUUCUUGGUUCAUGAACUGGAAGAUGAAGAAGAAGGAAUAGGCUUACAAUUGGAUGUGGGGUUUGAUGAUCAUUCCUGAAUUUUUUGACGAAGCAAUGAAUGAUCUCAAGGGAUUUUGUAAAUGUGUUUAGAAUUAGAAGCAGCGAUACUUGUUUAUAGUCUGGAAAGCUAAAUGAAGUUCUUGUUUCACUGGAAGAGAGUGCAUUCUCAGCUUUUUCUUGUAGAGAAGUAUUUCAUAUGUAAUUCCUUUUUUUUUCGAGUUUUGAUACCCAAAAGAAAAUUUUGAUCAAAAUGAAAAAUGUAAAUGGAAAGAAAAGUGGGUUUGCAGAUAAAGAACUUUUAAUUGACAUUGUUAUUUGAUUGUUUAAA